ACAGUCGGGUUUUGUAACUAGACGAGAAGCAACAGUUUGCAGAAGGUGCUUUCUUUUGUCGUUUCGGGGAGACUCUGCUGCGCAACACGAUGGCGGUGGAAGGCGGCAUGAAGUGUGUGAAGUACCUCGUGUUCAUCUUUAACUUCUUGUUCUGGAUCUGUGGAAUUGCUUUGAUUGCCCUGGGAAUCUACGUGCAGAUCCAGCUGAACAACUCUAUCAUCAUCAAAAAUGCAUCAUCUUCAGGCGCUCCGAUAGUUAUCAUUGCCGUGGGAGUCAUUAUUUUCUUAAUCUCGUUCUUCGGCUGUUGUGGUGCAGCGAAAGAAAACUACUGCAUGGUGACAACGUUUGCUGUCCUCAUGGUCCUGAUCUUCCUGGUAGAAAUUGCUGCUGCUAUCGCUGGAUAUGUUCUCAGGGACAAGGUCCGUGUAGCGUUUGAGGACACGUUUAUAGACAGCAUGAAAAAAUACAAUACAACGAAAGAUGUUACAGAUGCUGUUAACUCAUUACAGCAAGAGUUUCACUGCUGUGGUGGCAACAGCUCCUCAGAUUGGGCAAAGUACGGACCCUAUGCCAACUCAUCUGUGGUUCCGGAUUCCUGCUGCAGGACGCCAUCCGUUGGGUGUGGAAAGAAUGCUUCCAAUAUAUACACUGAGGGUUGCGUGGAAGAAAUAGCCUCCUCGAUUAAGAAAAAUGUAGCUAUUGUUGCUGGAGUGGCUCUAGGAAUUGCCUUCUUUGAGAUCUUGGGAAUUAUCUUUGCCUGCUGCUUAAUGAAGGGAAUACGCAGUGGCUAUGAAGUUAUGUGAUCUGACUUCUGCACCGUGAUUUAUGCCGUGAUCUCACUUGCAAAAGAGACAAUGAUAGAGUCUGUCAUAUCCAUCUGAAUGUAGCAACGUCCCGGACACAUGCUACUUUUUGAUUUGAUAUGGCUAGGCGUAUCUUGUGUAUUUGAUAUAAAUACUUCUGUCACCAGUUUUUAUAUUAUAUAUAUAUAUAUAUAUUUGUAGAUACUUGGCAUUGCGUCUCUCCUUUGGAUUAGGGUUUCGUGUCUUUCUGUUUGAUUCAUGGGUAUACAAAAUUCUAAUUUAACAAUUUUAUAUUCCUUGUUAAAUUUUUUGAAACUACACACUGCUGUCACCUGUUUGUGGAUAUAGAACUGUUGAGAAUGCCAGAGAAUGUGUAUUUUAUUUUGAACCACUUCCAACCAGUUUUCACUGCAAUGCCCCAAAAGUUCCUUUUUAAAAGGAUACAAAAUGAAAAUAUUACUUAGUGCCUUAAUGCAUUGUUGGCAUUUUUGCCUAAUCCGUCCAAUACUGUAGAGCUGAACAUUGCCCCAUAAGUGCCACCAAUUCAGUGACCAUAACACAUUUGCAGCACUGUGUCCAUGAUGUCGUUUUUAGUAAAGCAAUGUAAAUGAUUAAAAUAAAGUGAAACCAACGGCUCCUUAA